AUGUCAUGUCACACCGCUUCGAGUCGGGACGGGACAACGGGACCUAAUCGGAGACCGGAAUGCGCAGACCAGAUAAGGGACAGAAUUGGGAUUUUUUCUGUCAUGAGAGGGGGAGCGCGUCAUUGGAGUCGGGUGAUGCUUGUGCUCUAUAUGGGGCUUCUGAGCGCAUCAGUAAAGGCUCAAAACUGUAGCUACACACUACACAGUUCAAACGGGACGAUAGAGAGCCCCGGCUACCCUUACGGUUAUCCCAACUAUGCCAACUGCACGUGGGUGAUUGUGGCAGCUGAGCACAAUCGGAUACAGCUGGUGUUUCAAGGCUUUGCCUUGGAAGAAGACUUUGACAUCUUGUCCAUUUAUGAUGGACCAUCCAGUCCUGGGAACCUACGGACAAGGUUAACCGGAUUCCAGCUGCCACCGCCUAUUGUAAGCACAGGCUCCAGGCUCACCUUGUGGCUGCUAUCUGACUACGCAGUGAGUGGCCAGGGAUUUAAAGCAUCCUAUGAAGCUUUGCCUAGCUACACUUGUGGUAAUCCCGGACUGCUACUUAACGGCCACCAGCAAGGGUCUACAUUCAACAUCGGCGACAAAAUCCGUUACAGCUGCAACACAGGUUAUGUUUUGGAGGGACACACAACAUUGUCUUGUCUUGCCACUUCAGCGGGUACUGCUGCUUGGGAUUUUCCUCUACCCUAUUGCAGAGCGGAUGACGGGUGUGGUGGGACACUUCGAGGCCAGAGUGGAGUGAUCACCACUCCCAAUUACCCUGCUGAGUAUACCAAUAAUGCUGACUGCACAUGGACCGUGCUGGCUGAGCCAGGAGACACCAUUGCCCUGGUGUUCUCUGACUUUCAUCUGGAGGAUGACUAUGACGUUCUGGAGGUCAGCGGUACCGAGGGCUCUUCGCAGUGGUUCACUGGCCCUAACCUUCCUUCCCCCAUUAUUAGCAGCAAGAACUGGCUUCGUCUGCAUUUUACUUCUGACGGCAACCACAAGCUUAAAGGUUUCAGUGCCCAAUACCAAGUGAAGAAGAUGACUGAGCUGAAAUCUCGAGGUGUGAAGAUGUUACCAAGUAAAGACAACUAUCACAAGAUAUCAGUGUUGUCCCAGAUGGGCGUGGCACAAGGACACAACAUGUGUCCUGACCCUGGCAUCCCAGAUCGGGGUAAAAGAAAAGGCUCAGACUUCAGGCGAGGCGCCACAGUGCAUUUCUCUUGCGACGAGGGUUAUGAGCUGCAAGGAUCCAAGAGCAUCAGUUGUCUAAGGGUGACUGACAGCUAUGUGGGCUGGAGUGACGAGCGGCCCAUCUGCCGAGCCCCAAUGUGUGGAGGUCAACUAAGAGGACCUAGUGGUGUCAUGACAUCGCCAAACUACCCGGUCCAAUACGACAACAAUGCCAACUGCACUUGGGUCAUCACUGCGACCGACACGUCUAAGGUGAUCAAGCUGACUUUUGAGGAUUUUGACCUGGAACGAGGCUAUGACACACUGACAGUCGGGGAUGGUGAGGUUGUUGGGGACCAGAAGACGAUCUUUCAUGUCCUGUCAGGUACCACUACUCCAGACCUCGUGGUUAGCACCAGUCAUCAGAUGUGGCUCAAUUUUAAAACCGACGACACUAGUGGCUCUCUUGGCUUCAAGGUGUCUUAUGAAGAAAUUGACCAAGGCAGCUGUGGCGACCCUGGCAUCCCCGCUUACGGCAAACGAGAGGGGACAGGUUUCCGUCAUGGGGACAGGCUGUACUUUGAGUGUUUGCCUGCCUUUGAGCUAGUGGGAAAGAAGAAUAUCACCUGCCAGAAAAACAACCAGUGGUCCGCCAAGAAACCCAGCUGUGUCUUUUCCUGUUUCUUCAACUUCACCACACCGUCAGGGGUGUUGUUGUCCCCAAACUACCCGCAAGAGUAUGGCAACAACAUGCACUGUGUUUGGCUUAUCAUAACCAACCCAGAGAGUCGAAUUAAUUUGGCCUUCAAUGACCUGAGCAUGGAAAAACAAUUUGACUUCCUCUCUAUCAAGGAUGGAGGAAAGGCUGAGUCUCCCAUUUUGGGCACCUUCUCCGGUGACGUCCUCCCAUCUCCGAUUACAACUAGUGCCCAUGUUGCCCGCCUGGAGUUCUUGACUGACCACACAUACACAAACAGAGGCUUUAACAUCACUUUUACAACAUUUCGCCACAAUGAGUGCCCUGACCCAGGAGUCCCGGUCAAUGGGAAGCGGUUUGGUGAAAGCCUUCAGCUUGGAAGCUCUAUCUCUUUCAUAUGUGAGGAGGGAUUUGUUAAGACCCAUGGCUCACAAACAAUAUCCUGCAUCCUCAAGGAUGGCAAUGUGGUGUGGGACAAUGCAGUUCCACGAUGUGAAGCCCCCUGUGGAGGAGAUCUGAAGGCUCCCAGUGGAAUCAUACUCUCUCCUGGCUGGCCAGAACUCUAUAAGGAGGCCCUUAACUGUGAAUGGAUCAUUGAAGCUCCUCCGGGCUACCCCAUCAAAAUCAUAUUCGACAAGUUCCGAACUGAGGUCAACUAUGAUGUCCUCGAAGUUCGUGACGGCCGUUUUCCUUCUUCACCACUGAUUGGAAGUUAUCAGGGCACUCAAGUUCCUCAGUUCCUCAUCAGUACCUCCAGCUUCCUGUAUCUCCUCUUUUCCACUGACAAGAGUCACUCUGACAUUGGAUUUCGAAUACGCUACGAAACCUUGCAGCUGCAGUCAGAUCACUGCGUUGACCCAGGCAUACCUGUCAAUGGACUGCGACAUGGAAAUGACUUCUAUGUGGGCGCCCUGGUGACAUUUAGCUGUGAUGCAGGGUACACGCUUAGUGAUCCAGAGCCUCUGGAAUGUGAACCAAAUUUUCAGUGGAGCCGCCCCCUACCAAGCUGUGAUGCACUGUGCGGGGGUUAUAUCCAGGGCAACUUUGGCACCAUCCUGUCUCCUGGCUUUCCAGACUUUUACCCGCACAACCUCAACUGCACUUGGAUGAUCGAGACCUCCCAUGGCAAAGGUGUCCAGUUUAACUUCCACACUUUCCAUCUUGAAAGCCCUCAUGACCACUUGUUGGUCACAGAGAAUGGUAGCUUCUCACAACCCCUGUGGAGAUUAACAGGCUCCACAUUGCCUCCACCGCUCAGCGCAGGGCUGUUUGGAAACUACACGGCUCAAAUACGCUUCCUCUCUGAUUUCUCAGUUUCGUACGAAGGCUUCAACAUCACAUUCUCUGAAUAUGAUUUGGAACCAUGUGAGGAUCCAGGAAUACCACCUUACAGUACCAGAAAGGGCCUCCAGUAUGGAGUGGGAGAUGUCCUCAUAUUUUCUUGUUUCCCUGGUUACAGACUCCAGGGUCCAGCAAAGGUGGUCUGCUUAGGGGGCAGAAGGCGGGUUUGGAGCUCCCCUCUGCCAAGGUGUGUUGCUGAAUGUGGCUCCUCCGUGACUGGCAUGCAAGGGGUGCUUCUCUCACCAAACUACCCCGGUUACUAUGGAAACAACCAUGAGUGCAUAUACUCAAUCCAGACGCAGCCGGGCAAAGGCAUCCAGCUCCGGGCACGAGACUUCCGACUGGAGGAGGAAGACAAACUCAAAGUGUUUGAUGGCCGCAGUAAUUCGGCUCGUUUACUCGGAGUGUUUACAGGCAAUGAAAUGCUCGACACAACCCUGAACUCUACCUCCAGCUCCAUGUGGCUGGAGUUCAUUACAAAUGCUGAUAAUACCAGUAAAGGCUUUGAACUACACUUUACCAGCUUUGAGCUGGUGAAAUGUGAGGAUCCCGGUACCCCACAGUUUGGCUACAAGCGAGAUGACAAGGGUCAUUUUGCAGGGAGCACUGUAUCAUAUAGCUGUGACCCUGGCUACACUCUGAAGGGCCCUGAAGUGCUCACUUGCCUGAGGGGGGAGAGGAGGGCAUGGGACAGCCCACUGCCACUUUGUGUUGCUGAAUGUGGAGGCACCAUUAAGGAUGAGCACACUGGUCGGGUUUUAUCUCCGGGUUACCCAGCUCCGUAUGAACACAAUCUUCACUGUGUGUGGACCAUCGAGGCCGCCCCGGGAAGCACUAUUAGUUUGCAUUUCCUGGUUUUUCACACUGAAGAGAUCCAUGAUGUGCUUCGGAUCUGGGAUGGGCCACAGGAUGGAGGUGUGCUGCUACGGGAGUUGAGCGGCUCUGCAUUGCCCCCAGAUGCUCACAGCACCUUCAAUACCAUCAGCCUGCAAUUCACUACUGACUUCUUCACUAGCAAGCAAGGCUUUGCACUGCAGUUCUCUGUCUCUACCGCUACCUCAUGCAAUGACCCGGGCAUGCCGACUAAUGGGACCCGCAGCGGUGACAGCAGGGAGCCAGGUGACCAUGUGGUGUUCCAGUGUGACCCUGGUUACAUCCUGCAGGGAGCCAACAAAAUAACCUGCACUGAGAUCAGUGGUCGCUACUUCUGGCAGCCAGACCCUCCUACUUGUACAGCUCCUUGCGGAGGCAACCUGAGGGGUCCAAGUGGACUCAUCCUUUCUCCAGAUUAUCCGGAACCGUACCCACAUGGGAGAGAGUGCGACUGGACGGUUACCGUCACUGAGGACUAUGUAAUCGCCCUCAGCUUCAACCAAUUCAGCUUAGAGCCCAGUUAUGACUUCUUACAUAUCUAUGAUGGGCCAGACUCUCUCAGCCCUUUGCUGGGAAGCUUCUAUGGCACAGAUGUUCCCGAUCGGAUCGAGAGCAGCUCCAAAACACUCUUCCUGGCGUUUCGCAGUGAUGCCUCCCUCAGCAGCAAUGGAUUUGUGCUUCAAUACACAGAGAAUCCUCGAGAGUCCUGCUUCGAGCCGGGUCUGGUGCGCAAUGGGUCACGGCUGGGAACUGAACUCAAGCUGGGCUCCACCACCACCUACCACUGCGACAGUGGCUACACACUAGAGGGAGAACAGACCCUCACAUGCAUCAUGGGAGCAGAUGGCAAGCCAAGCUGGAACAAACCCAAACCCAUCUGCAUUGCGCUGUGUGGAGGAAUGUAUUCUGGUUUGGAGGGUGUGGUCCUGUCUCCUGGCUACCCUGGCAACUACAGCAGUGCAAGGACGUGUCUUUACUCGGUCAUGGUUCCUCAAGAUUACGUGGUCUUCAGCCAAUUUGCAUUCUUCCAGACUGCUCUGAAUGACAUUGUGGAGGUUUUUGAUGGACCUACACAAUCCUCCCGUGUUCUUAGCUCCUUGUCAGGAGCACACACAGGUGAGUCAUUGCCACUGGCAACAACCAACCAAAUUCUGAUACGCUUCACCUCAAAAGGCCAAUCCACCUCAAGGGGAUUCCACCUAGUGUACCAGGCUGUGCCACGAACCAGUGCAACCCAGUGCAGCUCAGUUCCGGAGCCCCGGAAUGGCCGACGAAUGGGCAACAAUUUUGCUGUUGGCGCUGUAAUACGCUUUGAGUGCAGCCCAGGUUAUGUGCUCGAGGGAUCGGCUGCGGUUGAAUGUUUGACAGUGCCCAAUGCACUGGCACAGUGGAACAGCUCUAUUCCCAGCUGUAUCGUUCCGUGUGGAGCUAAUCUUACCCAUCGCACCGGGACCAUUUUAUCACCUGGUUUUCCAGAGCCUUACUUAAACAGCCUCAACUGUGUCUGGAAGAUUACCGUACCAGAGGGAUCAGGAAUCCAGAUCCAGGUUAUCAGCUUUGUCACAGAACAGAACUGGGACUCGUUAGAGGUGUUUGACGGAGGAGACAACACUGACACCUUGCUUGGAAGUUUCUCAGGCACCACCGUUCCUGCUCUCCUCAACAGUACGUCCAAUCAACUAUACCUCCACUUUUUCUCUGAUAUCAGUGUGUCUGCUGCUGGAUUCAGGCUGGAAUACAAAACUGUUUCACUGACCAACUGUCCAGAACCAGUCGUUCCUAUGAAUGCCAUUAAGAUUGGGGAGCGUCUUCAGAUGAAUAAUGUUGUGUCUUUUCAGUGUGAACCUGGAUAUACACUACAGGGGAAUUCACAUAUUACCUGUAUGCCUGGAACUGUCCGACGAUGGAACUACCCUCCACCUCUUUGCAUUGCCCAAUGUGGAGGAAUCCGGGAGGAGAUGGAGGGCAUGAUACUGAGUCCCGGUUUCCCUGGCAACUACCCUAGCAACAGUGACUGCACAUGGAGGAUCUACCUGCCAGUUGGUUACGGAGCACACAUUCAGUUUCUCAAUUUCUCCACUGAAGCCAACCACGAUUUCCUCGAAAUACGCAAUGGACCCCUGGACACGAGUGCAAUCAUUGGGCGAUACAGUGGACAAGAUGCCCCCUCUUCGCUUCUUACCACCUCACAUGAGACUACUGUUUAUUUCCAUAGUGACCAUUCACAGAAUAAACCAGGGUUCAGGUUCGAGUACCAAGCUUAUGAACUACAAGAGUGCCCGGAUCCAGAACCUUUCCGCUAUGGUGUGGUAGUGGGUGCUGGCUACAGUGUGGGCCAGUCCAUAUCCUUCGAGUGUUUGCCUGGCUACCAGCUUGUGGGAUAUUCCAUCCUUACGUGUGAACAUGGCACAACCCGCAAUUGGGAUAACCCUUUCCCUCGCUGUGAAGUUCCUUGCGGUGGAAAUAUCACAUCAGACAACGGGACCAUCUUCUCGCCACGCUACCCAGAAGAAUACCUCAACUCAGCUGAUUGCUCCUGGUUGAUCACCGUGGCCCCAGGUUUUGGAAUCAAGCUCAACUUCACACUACUUCAAGUUCAUGGGCCCCAUGACUUCAUAACUGUUUGGGAUGGUCCACAAGAAACGGCUAGAAAACUAGGUGUGUUCACUGACGGAGAACCAAACGACCCCCCUAAGAGCACAUCAAAUCAGGUGCUGAUCCGUUUUCGCAGUAACACAGAGAAAGGUGGAUUGUUUCGUAUCGACUAUCAAGCUUACAGACUUCAGUUCUGCUUGCCUCCAACCAUCAUUCCUAACGCAGAGAUUCUGAUGGCAAGCAAAGAAUUUAAAAUAGGGGAUAUUGUGCGCUACAGGUGUAUUCCAGGUUACCAGCUAAGUGGCAACGACAUCCUUACAUGUCGUCUAGGGGCUCACUUGGAGUUUCAGGGGCCUCCGCCGUCAUGUGAUGUGACAUGUCCCAUGAAUGAGCUACUGACAGCAUCAACAGGCGUCAUCAUGAGCCAGUCACCAGGCACCGGUUUCCCUCAUUUUGAGUCAUGCUCCUGGGUUGUCAAAGUUGAACCCGGUUACAAUAUCACUUUUACAAUAGAACAUUUCCAGACCAGCCGGCAAUUUGAUGAGCUGGAAAUCUUUGAUGGUCAAUCAAGGCAGAGUCCUCUUCUCAUUACUCUCAGUGGUAACUACUCCAGCCCAUUGAGCAUCACGAGCUCUAGUAACAAAGUCUAUCUGCACUGGUCUUUUGACCACACUACCAGCCACAAAGGUUUCCGUAUACGAUACUCAGCGCCAUACUGCAGCCCGCCCAAUAACCCUGUAAACGGCACAGUGCACAGUCUGACAGGCACCAAGUUGGGAAGCACUCUCCGUUUCAGCUGUGACCAAGGCUUCCGACUUAUUGGCCAGAGCAGCGCCACGUGCACCCGCACUGCCCAAGGGAUCUAUCAGUGGAAUGCACCAGUGCCACUCUGCCAAGUUAUGUCCUGUGGAAUGCCAGUGCUUCCAGUCAACGGCAGCGUUGUGGGUCAGGAUUUCAGUCUUGGAGCCAAGGCUACAUAUCGUUGCAACCCAGGAUUCAGACUUGCAGGGCCAAUCACCACUACAAUGAUCUGUCAGGAAUCUGGAAGGUGGAGUCCACUUGAGACCCCUCCCAGAUGUGUCCCGGUUACGUGCCCUGAUAUCGGCCACUCUGCUGUCGUGCACGGACGAUGGAGAUUAAUCUAUGGAACCCAAAAUCAAUAUGAUGCUAUUAUGAUCUUGAUAUGUGACCCAGGUUAUUAUUACAGAGGUCAAAGGGUCAUUCAGUGUCAAGCCAAUAGUACUUGGAACUACCCAGAUCCACGGCCUGUUUGUAACAUUAUCUCUUGUGGGGACCUUGGGACUCCCCCAAAUGGUAACAAGAUCGGAACACUGACUGCGUAUGGAGCUACAGCAAUUUUCUCCUGCAAUACAGGUUACACUUUAGUGGGUUCACGAGUUCGAGAGUGCAUGUCUAACGGACUUUGGAGUGGAACACAAGUCCAGUGUCUGGCUGGCCACUGUGGAAGCCCUGAGCUUAUUGUGAAUGGACAAAUUAAUGGAGAGAACUACAAUUAUAGAGGUAGUGUUGUGUACCAGUGUAAUCCAGGAUUUCGUCUCAUCGGGGUUUCUGUGCGGAUCUGUGAACAAGAUCAUCGAUGGUCAGGGCAAACUCCAGUGUGUGUCCCUAUCACAUGUGGCCAUCCGGGUAACCCCACCUUUGGGACUACACAGGGAACACAGUUUAGUUUAAAUGAUGGUGUCCGUUUUGUCUGCAAUACCGGAUAUGUUCUUCAGGGAGCUGUUAAGGCAACCUGCCAAGCCAAUGGGCAAUGGAGUAAUCCUCUUCCUCGUUGUAAAACUGUGAACUGCACAGAUCCAGGUCAUGUAGAGAACAGCAUUAGACAAGUCUUACCCAGUGGGCCACAUCGCUACAGCUUCCAGACCACCGUGUCAUACCGCUGCAACCCGGGCUACUACCUGCUAGGAACAAGCUCUAUUGGCUGUCAAGGGGACGGCACCUGGGAACGCUCCUUGCCCAAGUGCCUUUUGGUGUUGUGUGAUCGCCCCAAUAUACCACCCUACGCCCUGAUCUCGGGCGACCGUCGAACCGUGGGCUCAGUCAUCCGCUACAGCUGCAUCAGCCAGCGUACCAUUAUUGGCAAUACAACGCGUAUGUGCCAGCUGGAUGGGCAGUGGAGCGGCUCACCACCACACUGCUCAGGCGAAUCUGCAGGUUUGUGUGGGGAUCCAGGUGUUCCAGUCCAUGGCAUCCGUUUGGGGGAUGAAUUCACACUUGGCAGUGUGGUGCGCUUUAGCUGUGAGCCGGGUUACACGUUGAAAGGUUCUCCAGAGCGAACGUGCCUGUCAAAUGGGACUUGGCUGGGUACCCAACCUGAGUGCCAUGUCAUAUCCUGUGGCAACCCUGGAACCCCUCUAAAUGCCCAAAUCCUGAUCCACGAUGGACUAACCUUUUCUAGAUCCAUUACGUACGCCUGCAGGGAUGGCUACUAUUCUACUGGCUUGCUCACCAGACAUUGCACAAUAAAUGGCACCUGGACCGGCAACAUGCCUGAGUGCUCUGUAAUCAACUGUGGUGACCCUGGAGUGCCAGCCAAUGGAGUGAGGUUGGGGAAUGAUUUUGUCUACAACCGUACCGUUAGUUUCCAGUGUUCUCCUGGUUUCAGCAUGGAUGCUGAUCGUGCUUCCACCCUCAUCUGCACAAAGUCUCGCACCUGGAAUGGCACCAAGCCUCUCUGCAAAGCAAUUGUAUGCGGUUCCCCGCCGAGUAUUCCUAAUGGACAGGUUGUCGGUACAGACUUUAACUGGGGCUCUAGCAUCAGCUACUCCUGUAACCAAGGUUACCAACUUUCAUUGCCCACCGUGUUAACUUGCCAGGGCAAUGGUAAUUGGAGCGGGGAGAAGCCUCAGUGCUUUCCUGUUUUCUGUGGAGACCCAGGCUUGCCUGCUCAAGGGAGGAGGGAAGAUCGAGGUUUUACCUACCUUUCCUCGGUCUCUUUUUCCUGCUAUCCCCCUCUAAUCUUAGUGGGCUCCACUAGGAGGUAUUGCCAAUAUGACGGUACUUGGAGUGGGACACAGCCCUCUUGCAUAGAUCCCACGCACACCACUUGUGCAGACCCAGGAACUCCUCUUUUCGGGAAUCAGAACAACAGUCAAGGCUAUCAGAUCAGCAGCCUAGUGUUCUUCAGCUGCAGAAAAGGCUAUCUGCUCCAGGGAUCCAUUUCUCGUACAUGUCUGCCAAACCUCACUUGGAGUGGUUUUCAGCCAGAGUGCAUAGCUCACCACUGCAGCCAGCCAGAGCUGCCAGCCCAAUCAGACGUGCGAGCCAUUGAACUGCCAUCCCUUGGCUACACGCUGAUCUAUACGUGCCAGCCUGGAUUUUACUUGGCUGGAGGAUCAGAGCACAGGACCUGCAAGUCAGAUGGGAGCUGGACUGGGAAACCACCUCUCUGUGCAGCUGAUAACCGGCCGAGUGGUAAGAGCCCUGUGGGAACAGUGCAGGAACCUCCUUCCAAAUUACCAGUACCCGGUGGGGUAUUUGCAAAGAACUCUCUCUGGAGGGGAUCCUAUGAGUAUUUGGGGAAGAAGCAGCCAGCUAUGCUCAGCAUCACUGCCUUUGAGUCAUUUAGCAAUCGGGUGAAUGGAACACUACUUGACCACAGUGGCGUGGAGCUCAAACUUGCUGGUACGUAUAAAAGAGAAGAAGCCCAGCUGCUGCUACAGGUUCAUCAGAUUCGAGGCCCUGUGGAGAUAUUUGUUAACAAGUUUAAAAUCGACAACUGGGCUCUAGAUGGACACGUGUCCUACAUCUCUUCAUCCAACUCCUUUGUGUACCAAGGAUUUGUCCGUGGUAAAGGCUUUGGGCAGUUUGGUUUGCAGAGACUGGAGAAUUUAGAUCCAAGCAGAGACAACACAGCCUACAACUUUGCCUCCAAUAGCAGUUCAGUGGCAGCAGCCAUCCUAGUGCCUUUUAUAGCCAUGAUCAUUGCAGGCUUUGCCCUGUACCUCUAUAAACAUAGAAGAAGACCCAACGUACCUUUCAAUGGCUAUGUUGGCCAUGAGAACACUAACGGACGGGCUACAUUUGAGAACCCCAUGUAUGAUCGCAACAUCCAGCCCACUGACAUUAUAGCCAACGAGACAGAGUUCACAGUCAGCACAGUGUGCACAGCUGUAUAA